CCGCGCGCGGCAUCAGAUAGACGUGUGUAAAGCGCGUACGACCCGCCCGCGACAACUUUCCCGUAUACGGUAAAAUAUUGAGAUUGGUGAAAUGUGAACUGAAGAAAUCACUUAUACAUAAAAAUGGUACCACAUAAUAGUGACGACGAUGACACUCCGCCGAUGUGACAGCUUACCUACUCGUCUCAGGGAGGCGCCUGUUCCAGCUGAACCUGAACAUAAAGCUACAACGACAAAAAUACCGGACUCAAAUACUGUCCCUAAUUUCAACGGCAUUCCCAACCGUGAUCAGAUAAUCGCAACUUGGAACUCUCUUCAUUCGGAAGUGAAGAAUAUAAAAAAUGGUGUUCCUCCACAAAAUGAGUCGACCAAUCAUAAUGCAGAUAAUAAAGAUUCCAAUACCCAGAUUACUAUACCCGCUUUCGCAGGCAACAAAAAUGUACGCAGAAAAAUCACAUAUGAUACUCGGCAGUUUGGGGUUAAACGUCAUGAGUCGUUUUCAGUGGACACGGGCCAAGCCACGGUCGAAUGCGGGUCUAAUAUGGCAAAACGACGGACAUUGUUUCAGCGAUUGCUUCCAUGGAAAACACAGGAAUGCGAUUGUCAGGAACGGUACAUACCCAAAUACCGAGCAGCACCAAGAUUGCGCGCUGAAGACUUGUUAUGUACGUGUGGUGCCAGUGCCAAUAGAAUUAAGACACCUAAUAAGAACAAACCUUACGCGGAAAGAGGGCGUUCAAAGAGUGUAGGUUAUGAGGCUGCACGGGAAGUGACACAGUUUCGGCGGUGCGCUAGUGCUGGUGCGACGGUGGGUGCUGAAACUGCGGCGGCUUUGCGUGCGCGCGCGGCGCUGACGCUCGCCCGCCGGUACUAUCCCGAGGGAGGAUGGGGAUGGACCAUCACCGUGGUGGGGACCAUCGUGCAAGUGCUAUCACAUGGUUUACAGCUAGGUGGAGGCACUGGUGCGAUUGCUUGCACUGCAGCUGUCAAAUAUCGCGUUUCACCUCUUUACACACAUGGAUGCCUCGGCGCGUUGUCAGCAGGAGUUGCGCUGGCCCUGUCUCCAGUCACCGUAGCCCUGUGCGUGCGCAAGUCGACCAGGGUCACAGCAGUAGUGGGGGGACUGGUCGCGGCUCUGGGUUGCUUGUUCACCUCCUUUGCUACACAGUUCCAUCAACUGUUCUUCAGUUACGGGACAGUCGUAGGCGUGGGGGUAGGCUUAACCCGGGACUGUUCCACGCUGAUGGUAGCCCAGUACUUCAAGAGGAGACGAGAGCUGGUGGAGAUCUUCAUUGUGAGCGGCAGUGGACUCGGGAUAGCAGUCAUGUCGACGUUCAUCAAAGGUGCUAUAAGGGCAAUUGGCUGGCGACUAGGAUUGCAGGCUGUCACAGGAGUAGUGUUCGUUACUUUCAUAUUAGGCACCUUCUACCGUUCGGCGUCUCUGUACCACCCACAACGACGGGCAAUCCUCCACCUGAAAAAUCAGAAUAAGAUCAAACGGAAGAUGAAAGACAGGAACAAGUCCGAUGAUCGUCAGCCAUUCUUUGAUUUCUCUACCCUGAAAUCAAAAACAGUGAGGAUCCUGCUCAUGUCUACGGGGAUUUCAGCAUUUGGGAUCAACACGCCGAUAUUUUAUUUGGCUUACCAUGCUGAGCAAGAAGGUUUGGGAGACACAGCAGAACUUCUCCAAGCGUACUUGGGGUUAGCAUGGGCAGUAGGAUGUGCUGCGUUCGGUCUACUCGUCCGGCAGAACUCGGCCGAGUGCCGCAUCGCGAGGCAGUAUCUUACGCAAGCCGCUGUGUUCGUCUGCGGCUUGGCGACUAUGGCGCUAACGGCAGUCGAAGGAUCCUAUAGAGGAUAUGUUAUGUUUGCUUGGGUCUAUGGCAUAUUUUGUGGCGGCUACCACUAUUCGCUGAAGAUGUACACUUAUGAACGAGUGAGGUCACGGAACUUCGCCAGGGCUUGGGGCUUCGUGCAGUGCUCACAGGCUGUGCCCAUUGCAAUAGGCGUGCCUUUGUCAGGUUACAUCAACGUAGGUUGCGGCGGGAAGGCUGGAUACUAUUUUAGUUCAACGUGCUCACUUAUCGGCUCGCUGUCUCUCUUCUGCAUAGAUCUUCACAGGCGUAGCGUAGCGCAUAAACACACCAAAGAAAAUGGCGGCACUGUGAAUUGCGAGUCUGCUUGUGGUCCACGCCGCAGUGGCAGCCGGGACCGGGAGCCCCGCACCGCCACUGGCGCUGCCACCGCAUUAGUUCUAGGAGCAGAAUUAGUAGCACCAGGUCGUACCGGGCGCGACUUACUGUUGGAAAGCAUCGGGCCAGGCAGCCUGGGGUCGCCGCCGACUAACGUGCCGCCUGAGCUGACCUGCAUCAGUGAGGAAGGCGGCCUUGACCUCGACCUCGACCUGGACAUACCCGAGCACCUGUUGGAAGAUCUAGAUUGCGGCGGGGACUGUAUCACCAGUUGUAACAAGGUGGAAAAUUACCUAAUGCUGAGCGAGUACGAAAACAACCUGAUAGCAGAACUACCCAAUUUGAACGAGCGACGCAACCGUCGUUGGUCCAUCGUGGUCGCCAACUCACCACAACCCUCCACCAUCCAGGAGACUGAAAUCUCCCCCAAUAACUCCAUCAAGUGGAAGAAAAAGUGCCAUAACACAAACAACAGACUGAUUACAGUCAUCAAUGAGGCGUCCAUAUAAAAUACUAGUGAAAUAAUAAAGAGACAAUAAUAGAAUAGCUUAUGUACGACCUAUUUAACCUCAUUAAUUUAUUUGAUGUGUGUGAAUAAUAGAAUUUGUGUAUUGUUCAAUAUAAUUUAUUAAAUUAUUA